AUUCGUCGUCAAGACCGUUUGAUUCGGAUUCAAGGACCGUCGUUCACCUGCUCGCUGCACGGCCCAUACAGACGCUACAAGGAGUAUCUAAGAGGCUUGAUCCCUUGGCUCAUCAUCAUUAUCGCCUUCUUCCUAAUCCCAUUGACUCUGCUUCUCAAUGCUGGCCAAGUUAGUCAAAGCAUGCAUUAG